AGUGGGCUGCAAGUCAAAUGAGCCUCCGUCAUCCGGGUAGAACCGGAGGAACUGCGGUACGAUGCGGAGCCGCGGCCGACGAGCUGAUGCGCAAUGGCCGAGGAGGCGGAGGAGGCUCUGACCGCGCACCGACCGUAGGCUCCGGGUUCUGGGUUCGGGACGGGCCGGAGUCCGCGUCCGGGGAUCCGUAGAGCCGCAGAGGCCGCCGGAGGGACGCGCUCCUCCCGCUGAAGGAUGCUCCAGAGCCGGGGAGGAUCCGGGCUCCAUCUGUAAACACGGACGCACCGGGUCCGGGACGCGUCCGACGGAACCGGGACCGGAACCUGGACACCGUCCGAGCAGGACGAGGCUUCGACAACAGAAAAACAAGCUCCUCGUUAUCGUCUCCAUCAUCGGUCAUCUUCGUUGGUCUUCACCUGAAAGUUACGUUGCAAUAAAGGCAGGAGGUGAAGCCCCGCCGCUGGAGUCCUGACGUCAGCAGGAGGAUCAGGCCUGUGAAGACUUUGUCAGAAUGAAUCACUGAGGCGUUCUGACUCCAGCUCUUUGUGAUGCUCUGUGUUGUUUUUGCGCUCUGUGAUGUUUUUACCUCUGAGCCGUCGCACUCUGAAUCCAGAAUAGACUCUCGAUAGCAUCAGCGUUCGCUCUCACAAAUGAGCGUUCGUCUUGACCUGACAGGCUGCGUCUGAAUAAAGGAUAAGCCAAGACAAGCUGAUAAAACAUAGAUGAGGCCGACUACAGGCACGAUGCUCCAACAGAACAACAACAACAACUACCCCUGCCUCGACGUGUCCGGAUCCACCCGGGACCUGGUGCAGAAAUGUUCCCGAGCCGCCCUGCCCUUCCCCAGCCGCUUGGAGCUGGGCCUCGGGGACCUACCGCUGAUCCGGGGCCUCCGAGCCUGGGCCCUGUGCUCCAAGAACCGCCGGAAGCCUGGGGGUCCGCUCGGAGGAGGGGCAGGACAAGCCCCGAUGGUGCCACCUCCAGGCCGAGGCGGCUCAAACUCCUGCCCGAGACCGGCAGACGUGUACCUGAGCGGGGAAUGGGGGCGCAUGGGGUACGGGAUGCCCUUGGGACUGGAUGCAAGGCAGGCCGGGAUCGGGGCGCUGGUGACGGUCGCCACGUUGAAGACCUCGGAGGGAAGCGGGAAGACGCAAACUCAGUGCCUCUUCCUGCGAACAGAGAAAGGAAGCUGUUUGUACUCAACAGCGAAGCCCGGCGGCGGCGGAUCCAGCGCCGUGGGAGGGUGGCUCAGAGGGAAGACGAGGGGAGGCAGGGACGCUCUGGCCGGGAAUGGACCCCCAGCGCCAAUCGGAGCGAAUCGAGCGAGGGUCCGAUCAGGCCGGAGAUGGAGGAAGUCUGGAAAUGCAGCAGCAGGGCGCGAGAAAACAUGCAAGGAGAGGGAGGAUCCUGCAGAAGAACGACAGGAAGAACAAGACAAAGGAGGUCCGGACGCUAAACAGGGAGUCUGCAGGACUCCAGGAAGCUGCCUCGAUGAGUCUCCUAAAACCUGCGGAAGGAGUGCAAUGAGGAGGGACGACCAUGAGGAGCACGACGAGGGAGAAAGUCCAAGUAGAGGAGAUCAACGGUGGCUGAACGGGACGAGGAAAGAGAGGCAGGAGGACAUGGGAGAGUCCAACGGCUUUAACCCAGAGGAGGGAGAACCCGAGAAGACGCAAGGUUCCCACCAUGACGACGUCCGUUUAGAGACAGAUGAGGAUAGAAACACUAGAUCGAGACAUGACAGAGGUUUUGGAAAACCAGUUGAAGAAGUUGGAACAAAGAAGGAACUUGAACAAACAAUGGAGAGACUGGAUGUUCAAGAUGAGGAGGAAGUCGAGGUCACGUCCGACAUCUGCCCAUCCUCCGUCAACGCUUCUUCAAGAACUGAACCUUCUGAGUCUGAAACCUGUGGAGUUCAUGGAGAGCAUCAAGACAGGGAUGAAAACCCCGGGAUUCAGGGUCAAGAAGGACUCGACCUCAGAGGGUUCGAGACUCCAGACGUGAACUUCGUAGUUGAACAGGAAGAAGAAGCUGAGAACGAAAACGAGAAAAACGAGGACGGACGUGAAGAUCCUUUAAGUAACAGGAUGACGGAGAUAGACGAUGAAACUGAACCACAAAGAAAUAGUAAAGAGGAGUCACAUGUGGAGUCCACCUGUGACGGACUCCACAUGGACGCCGAUAAAACUGAGGCGACAAACUGUGCCAGUCCACGCCUGAUUAACGAUGAAGAUGAAGAUGAAGAUGAAGAUGGAAGCCGACAGACCAGCGUUGGUUAUGUUUUAACCGGUGCAGAGUCCGGCUCAUGCACCACCAAAGCUGCCUCUGCUGAUCCCUCCACCUCCUUGGAUAAUCCUGCCCCCCCCUCCUUGCCGCCGCUGGGCUCCAUGGCAACAGGCCUGCCCUGUAUGGAGGCAGAGGAGGAGGAGCAGGAGGAGGAGGAGUGGGAGGAGGAGGGGGGGAACGGAGCAGCGGCAGAAGGAGGAAGGUGGCACGAGGAGGAAGAGCUGGAGAGGCCUGAGGAAGAGGAGCAGAGGCCCGAGGAAGAGGAGGAGGAUGAGUUUGGGGUGUUCAUGCAGGCGGAGGAAGAGGAAGAGGAGGAGGAGCAGGAGGUGGAGGGGGAGGAGCCAGCCUGGGGCGAGGGGUUCUCCAUGUCUGCCUCAGUGCCUUGUGGGAGUGUUGGCGCCAACGCCAUCAGCGUAGAAUCCAGCCAUUGGGCGCCAGGUUGGACAGACAGCUCCUUCCACCAAUCAGACGACGGCUGGACGGCGUUUCCUCAGGAUUCAUCGGAUGGAGGCGGAGACGGGGCGGGACAGUGGUGGCCAAUCAGUGCCGUGGAGGAGAAGAGAGACAGAAUCCUGGCCAAUCAGAACCUGGCGUCCGUCUUCGCCAAUGCCUUCCCCUCGCCGACGACCUCAGACGACCCCCGGGACCCUCAGCCUGUACCCACUCUGACCCAGCUCCUCAGGGGAACCCGGGACCAGGACCAGGGGCUUCUCGACAGUUUCCACGACUUGAACAGGAUGAUCGUCCAGAGAAACCAGCGGGUCGGCGGCGUGUCACGUGACCACCUGCUGAAGACGCUACAGCUGCAGCCGCCGCCACACGCCGAAACCAGACCUGGUCCGUGGAUGGCCAACCGCCGCCUCUCUCCCGGACUCCCCUCAGCCAAUCAGCACGCAGCCGCUAAACGCCGCCUGUCGUAUGACUACAACAGGAACGUUGUGGAGUAGAACUUCAGGUUCCGGUCGGACUCAUGAAUCUACGAUCGGCUGAAGAACUGCAGCCGAAAACCGAGCAAAUGGUCAGACCUCCACCGUCUGCUGCUCCAGACCUGGACCUGGAUCUGGACCUGGACCUGGACCAGGACCAGGACCUGGACCCUGCUUUUCCAUAAAUCUGAUGACGUGUCUCCUCCUGUUCACUUUCACUGGAGUCUUUGUAUUUGAUUUACGAUGUGCCGCCAUGUUCACCACCGGCAACUUCCUGUUUCAUUUUUAACCCGAUAACAGAAGGAUGUUUGGAGGAACGUACCCUGGAGUUACAAGGUUCUCACCAGAAAACCAUCUGAAAGGUGGAGCCGACAAGAACAAACAUGGAGACCAAUAUGUACAGACCCCUAAUAAUAAUAAUCGUACUAUAAAGGAUGUUUUGUGUCUGACACGUGUCCGAUCGAUGUCGCGAUGUUGCAGCACGGGAGGGCAUACGGGUGCAAUGCCACAGUUGCACCACGGGAGGGCACUAUCGUACAGUGGCACCACGGGUACAAUGCCGCUAGUAAUUAUAAUGGAUUCAAUUCCUGUAGUGCUUUUCAACGCAUCCAAAGAACUUUAUGUUAUUGAUCCAUUAUUCAUUCGCUCUCACAUUCUCCCUCUGGUGGUGGUAAAUUACAUUUGUAUCCACAGCUGACAGAAGUGUGGCUGCCAAUUCACACCAAAAGGAGUUCAGUAUCAGUAGCUGAAUUUAGGGUCCAAUAAAAGACCUGAAACCCAGGAAUAAAACAGCAGGAAAUCUAAAACAAUAAACCCCUUAGGUCUAAAACAGACUGAAUAUGAAAAUGAACCUGACGUUGAAGCCAAAAUAUCACCAAUAAACAUCCUCCAAAAAGCCGCCGUCACAUCCUGGUCUUCAUAUUGACAGUUCUCCAUGUGAAGGUUUAGGUCCAUGUUUGCUCUGUUGGCUCCACCCACUCUCUAAGACAACCAAUGAGAUCGUUUCUACCUCUGCACCUUUGGUGAAAAGACCUGUAGAGGUGAUGCUUUGGUAGUAAGUUAAUACAACCAAAUGCACAUAGAGUAGAA